AUGUCUACUGCUCCAUCUGCUUCGGUGCCCGCCGCAGGGACUUCCGCACCCAAUAGCGACGUGACUAAAUUAGAACAUUCAAACCAGAAGUUCCAAGUUCUAGGCUCUGAGAAUAGUGAUGCGCAACACAUCAAUUGGGAGUCUGAACUUCAACUUGUAUCAUCCCUGGCGAAACUUCAAGAACUUGAACGGAAACUGGGAUUCGCUCAUUUUCCCUCUGAUAAUUUAUUGGUCAAACCAACUGACAACUUCCAGGUCCAUGAGCUACGUCAAUUCCUGCCCGAGGGGCUUCUAGAACCCCUGGUUCCAGAAAAGCCUGCGCCAGAUUCGCCAGCUCAGCUACGCAAUGAUUUGGAACAAGCUACUCGCGCCCGAUUAGCUGGAGUAGAGAGCUUCCAGUCUCUCUGGCGCGGCACAGAGAUGAAGUCCGUGUGGAACCACGUGGAAUCUCGUAUCAAAGAGUCCAAUGGCGACCUCAUUCAACCGACAGGCAUGUGGGAAAAGGACUACGAUGUACUACUCAAAGACCUUAUCAAGACCGAAAAGACGAAAGAAGAAGAAAUCGAGCGGGAGCAAGAACAUAUCGAGCGCUCCAAGGCGCAAUCUUCGGAUGGAGAAUGGCAAACCGUUGUUGAGAGAUUUGCUCAGCGGGGCGUGCCCGGUAUGCGUGUCGUCCAGGGACAGGAUCCAUUCUCGGUGUCGGCAGUCCUUGCAAAGGCGGGGAUGAUCUUCUCAAUUAAAGGCCUUCAAGAACUUGGUAUACCAGGUGUCUCUGAAUGGCAGGUGUCCAGUCAACCACCCCCAGGUCGAUCCCCUUCAAAACUUCAACAUGCUAUUCAAGAUUGUCUGAACUCAAGAACAAGGAAAUGGGACCUUGCGUUUUUACUGGACAUGGUAUCCUCAUAUGCAGACAUCAAGCAAACGACGUGCGUAAAGUGCAACCGUCUAGCCAACAAUUCCGCACAACUGCCUACUAUCCGAAGGGUACAAUCAACCCAACCAUCGCAGAGCGACCCUCGCAUAUUCACAUUCGACGCACUCCAUAUCUCCUGCGCUUGA